AUGGGUGCUCACUCUGCAGUUUGGCAAGGCUACGUCGACUCGAGCCUGAUGGGCUCCGGUCAAUUCGACAAGGCCGGUAUCCUGGCCGCUGACUUCUCCGGUCUCGAGGCUCAGUCUCCUACUUUCCAGCUCUCCCAGGAGGACAUCAACUCCCUGGCUGCUGCCUUCACUUCCGAUGCCACUGCUUUCGCCAGCGGUUUCUCCAUUGGUGGUGAGAAGUUCGUUACUAUCCGCGCUGAUGCUCGCUCCCUAUACGGAAAGAAGGGUAAGGAGGGUGUCAUCGUUGUUCGUGCUUCCUCUUGCACCAUGAUCGCUCACCACGGUGAGAGCGUUCAGACCACCAAUGCCGCCACCGUUGUCGAGAACCUUGUUGACUACCUCAACAACCCCCAAUAA